UUUCAGGCGGCAGUGUUGAACAUGGACGGAACUCUGUCGUUGUCCGACCUGAAGGACGCUUUGAAGGACACACUCGAAGCGCGGGGAUCCAUGGGGCAGAUUCGAGCGCGUAUUCGUGCAGAGAUCUUUCAAGCACUUGACGAGGGCGCGCCCAAGGCAAAGCUAUCGAACGAGAACUUGAUCAUCAAUGAGCUCAUUCGAGAGUACAUGGAAUACAACGGGUAUCGUCAUGCUUUGUCUGUUUUUGUGCCCGAGUCUGGCCAGCCAGUGGAGAAACCAUUUCACCGACGUUUCUUAGCGCACGAGCUGAACAUCACUGAAGACCCUCGGUAUGCCCAAGUGCCACUCCUCUACAGCAUAAUCACUGCACUGCAAGAAUCCAAACGGCCGGUCAUCGACCCCCCACGCCGCCAAAGCACCAAUGACGACGCACAGUCUGAUCUUAGGGCUCCGAGCGUUGCCGGGCUUCCUCUCGACAAUGCAUCGCCACACCCUUCUCCAUUGUCCGUCAAUCGAGCACCUUCUCAACCCCAAGAGCAUCCUUCCCAAGUUUCGCCCCUCACUGUACCAGCGACCCAGCAACCGUCGAAUCCCCUUGUCGUCAUUUCCAACUGACUCGGCAUCAGCCUUUGGUUGCCAAUUUGUUUGCAUUCAAUCGAUACACCCCAACGCACCAGGUUCCUUAAGCUUUCCAAAUGCGAACGUAGCCGUCGCUGCCGUA